UCCGUAGGAGGAGGGGAGAGAGUGAGCAGGGAUGGGGAAGCGUGGAGGGUGGGAAUGGUUAGUGAGCCCAGGCAAGAAACUCAUCAGCCGCAUCCUUCAGAACACACUGGGCGUCCUGAACUUAGGCUUCUGGGGACAGACAUCUACCCUCGAUAUUGUUAUUCCAACGAACCCGAGAGUGCGCUUGCAAAAAACAAAACAAAACAAAAACGGGAGCACGUGCCAGAUACAGUGGUUGGAAGUGAUGGGGUUAACCCGGGAGAGCUUCGCGGAGGAGGGAAGCAAAUUGGGGCGGCGAGAGCAGGAAACCACCGGCUAAGGUCACCUUUUCGGGCUACUUAUCAGAGCCAAGGUGGAACCCAAGUCCCCGCUUAGCUAUGCCAGGGCUCUGGGUACGUCGGGCCCGGCGCCGUCGGUUUUCUAAGCGCCGCACCCAUCCUAGGGCUCUCCCCAAUUCUGAGAACCCUGGAGCUGGGAUGCGCAGCGGCCACCGCGCACUCCGCGGCUCGGAUGCGGCAGCCUGGCCCGUAGCGACCCGGGCGGGUGAGCUCGAGAAUGGGGAGAAACUGCGGGGUCCCAUGCGGGGAACAGGAUUCUUGGCACGGCUCAGCCGAUGACGACAACAGGGGACAUAACAACAAUGGCUUCCUCCGGGAUUUCCCUUCCCGGGCAGCCCGCGCGGCCAGCAGCACCGAGUGCCGGGAGGGGGCGCAGACGCCCUCACGUGCCCUGCCCUCCCCUGCCGGGAGCCAGCAGGCGGAGAAGGCAGAGGCGCCUCGCAGCGCGUGGCCAAACGUGCCGCCUCCAGAAGCCGAGGGCGCCGGCGGUGGGAAUACCAACCUUCGCUUGAAAAUUUAUGUAAGGAAAGCUUGGCAGCGAAACAGGAUGCUUCCACCUGUUCCUCAAAGAGCUAUCAAAUGGCCCCGUGAACAUCUUUGCAAAGGGUCCUCGCGAAUGCCAGGCCUCAAGUGCGAUUCUCUGCACUGAGGUCAGGAUUUAAGCUGGGCUGGAGAUUUCAGGCAAAUUUUAAAAUGUAAGCAUGUGGACAAGAGUCAACACCUGACAAGUCCAAGCCAAGCUGAAGAGCAUGGACAGAGGAGGCAACCUGGAGGCCCAACUUCUACUCCAUUUUCCACUCAGAUGUCACCUCCAGGAAGCCUUUCCUGACUUCUCCCAGACUGGGGCUCACUUCUAUGAAGCAAGGAUGCGAUCGCCUCUCGGGUUGUUGUGAGGAUCCAAAGAGAUAAUUAGGUUGUGGAGGUGUUUCCGGGUGGAAGAGAAGGAGGGACCGAGCGGAGAGCCCUAAGUCCUGAAGACAACUGGGAAGAAGUUCUCACAGAUGCUGCUUCUCCUCUGGCUCAGAUCAUGUCUACCAUGAACGAAGCAGCCCACCAGCUGUCCAGAAGUGGGACGAGCCUCUAUGCAGUGCUGGAGCUUAAGAAGGGUGCCUCACCUGGAGACAUCAAAAAAUCCUACAGCCAUUCUCCAUUGCUUCCCCACCCUCCUUUUGGGUAUCGCCUGGGUAGGAAACUGGCCUUGCAGUAUCAUCCCGACAAGAAUCCAGGGAAUGCUCAAGCAGCAGAAAUAUUCAAAGAGAUCAACGCAGCUCAUGCCAUACUGAGCGACUCUAAGAAGCGGAAAAUUUACGACCAGCAUGGCUCACUGGGAAUAUAUCUGUAUGAUCACGUUGGUGAAGAAGGCGUCAGAUACUAUUUUAUUCUGAAUAGUUGUUGGUUCAAGACGCUUGUCAUCCUGUGUACUCUGCUCACUUGUUGCUGUUUCUGUUGUUGCUGCUGUUUUUGCUGUGGAGCACUUAAACCACCACCUGAGCAGGGUAGUGGGAAAAAAUAUCAGCAGAAUGUCCAGAGUCAGCCUCCAAGGUCAGGAGCCAAACGUGAUUUUAGAAGCAAGGAAAAUAGCGAAGAUGAUUUUUAA